AUGGAGGCUGAGGGACCACCACAGGCCCACAGGUGCUGCCCCGAGGCCCUGGGGAAGCUCUUGCCUGGCUUCUGUUUUCUCUGUUGCCUGGUGACCUACGCCUUGGUGGGUGCUGCCCUCUUCUCUGCCAUUGAGGGCCACCCCGUCCCAGGGGAGAAAGAGGACCCCAACUUGAAGGAUUAUCUGAAUGAGUUGUGCCUCCUCCUGCAGUGCAACCAGACAGUCGUGGAAGGCAGAACAAAGGAGCUGCAGGAGCAUCUUCGGAAAGCAAAGCCAGAGUGGUUGAAGGCCCCCGGCGACUGGUCCUUCCUGAGCGCGCUGUUUUUCUGCUGCACGGUGGUCAGCACUGUGGGUUACGGCCACAUGUACCCCGUCACCAGGCUUGGCAGGCUCUUGUGCAUGCUCUACGCGCUCUUUGGCAUCCCUUUGAUGUUCCUGGUCCUCACAGACAUAGGUGACAUCCUGGCAACGAUCUUAUCCAGGUCUUAUAAUCGAUUCCGAGCACUCCCCUUCCUGCCUGGCUCGUCAUCCUCUUCCUCCUCUGGGUGCUGCUCCCGGCUUCUCUGCAGGAAGAGGCAGGAGGUGAGGCCCGAGGAUGCGGCCACGCCUCCCAUCCUGGUGGUCCCUGACAUCGUGAUAGAGGCUGAGGAGCUCCAGGGCCCCAAGCCUGGCCGGUGUCCUUUAGCCCCAAGCUACAACAUGGAGCUGUUUGAGAGAUUUGUUGCAGGAGAGAAACUGGACAGGUUGCAACCACCCCUGCGGGCCGUGGAAAGAAGCAGCUCCUGCCCCGAGCUGAUGCUGGGACGGCUGUCCUGCUCCAUCAUCAGUAACCUGGACGAGGUGGGCCGGCAGGUGGAGAGGCUGGACAUCCCCCUCCCUGUCAUCGCGCUGGUGGUCUUCGCCUACAUUUCCUGUGCGGCCCUCAUCCUGCCCAUCUGGGAGACAGAGCUGGGCUUCGAGGAUGCCUUCUACUUCUGCUUCGUCACCCUGACCACCAUCGGCUUUGGCGACAUUGUGUUAGUGCACCCUCAUUUCUUCCUCUUCCUGUCCAUUUAUAUCAUCAUCGGGAUGGAGAUUCUGUUCAUUGCUUUCAAGCUGAUGCAGAACAGGCUCAUUCACAUCUACAAGAGCCUGAUGCUGUUCUUUGCACGAGGAAAGUUUUACCAGCUUGUGAGAAAGUAA